UCAACCUCACUACGCUCCAAGAUGGCGGCUUCCAUUACUGUAUUUUUUGCGCUUCGUUAAUAAUAAUACAAUAAGAAUAUUAUCACCUGAGAUACAAGUAUACCAUUAAGGGUCAAAUCAUAGUAGACGCCUCCUUUUGUUUCUAUUCAGCGUUGCCUAAUGGUUACUUUUAGCUGGAGGUCGGGCGCGGUGGAAGACUGAGUGGAAUCCGGACACUUCUUCGAGUAUGGCCACCGAUAAUAAAAUUCAGUUUUGGAGGAGAAACGCUAAGGUUCCGGGAAGUCUGCAGCCAGUGUAUGGGGCGCAGCAUCCUCCCCUCGACCCGCGGAUAUCACUUUCCUUUGUGAAAGAAGCUCCCAAGCCAAACACUCUCUCUAUAAAGUCCAAGAAGGUGUCCAGCUUCCACGAGUUCGCCCGCAGCACCAAUGACGCGUGGGACAUCGGGGACGAUGAGGACGAAGAGUUCCUGGCAACCGGCCGCCAUACGGCCCUUCCCCCACCAGCGCCCACGUCGGCACCGGCGCCCCCCGGCGGCCUCAGUGUGACGGAAGCACUGGAUAUGGACGAACAGGCAGAGUUCAAAGCAGAAGAUGGGCGGGACAAAGGGAAGAUGGGCAGCAGACAGACCAAUGGGAGAGUGGUGAAGUCGAACAGUGAGGUCCAGCUCAGCACUGCAACAGUUCGCUCCCCCUUACAGAAGCAGCAGUCCCUCCCACUCCGUCCCAUCAUCCCUCUGGUGGCCCGCAUUUCAGACCAGAAUGCCUCUGGAGCCCCGCCCAUGACCGUCCGGGAGAAGAGCCGACUGGACAAGUUCCGUCAGCUGCUGGCCAGUCCCAACACAGACCUGGAGGAGCUGCGGAAGCACAGCUGGUCCGGGAUCCCGCGGGAGGUGCGGCCCGUCACUUGGAGACUCCUAUCGGGUUACCUUCCAGCCAACAUGGAGCGCAGGGAGCUGGUGCUGAAGCGGAAGAGGGAGGAGUAUUUUGGCUUCAUCGAGCAGUAUUACCACUCCAGGACGGACGAGAACCACAGGGACACCUACAGGCAGAUCCACAUCGACAUCCCCCGGACGAACCCCCUCAUCCCACUCUUCCAGCAGCCGCUGGUGCAAGAGGUGUUUGAGAGAAUCCUGUUUAUCUGGGCAAUUCGCCACCCCGCCAGUGGCUAUGUACAAGGCAUCAACGAUCUGGUCACCCCAUUCUUUGUGGUCUUCCUUUCUGAGUUUGUGGAGGAAGAUGUGGAAAACUUUGAAGUUUCAGCGCUGCCUCUGGACACGCAGAGGAACAUUGAGGCGGACAGCUUCUGGUGUCUGAGCAAGCUUCUGGAUGGCAUCCAGGAUAACUACACUUUUGCUCAGCCCGGGAUCCAGAUCAAGGUCAAGGCCCUGGAGGAGCUGGUCAGCAGGAUCGAUGAGGACGUGCACAGCCACUUCCAGCGGUACGAAGUGGAGUACCUGCAGUUUGCCUUUCGGUGGAUGAAUAACCUCCUAAUGCGAGAACUUCCCCUCCGCUGCACCAUCCGCCUCUGGGACACUUACCAGGCUGAAGCUGAGGGCUUCUCUCACUUUCACCUCUAUGUCUGCGCUGCCUUUCUGAUUGAAUGGAGGAAGGAGAUCUUGUCCAUGGUGGACUUCCAGAGCUUGCUCAUGCUGCUCCAGAACCUACCCACAAUUCACUGGGGCAACGAAGAAGUGGGACUGCUGCUCGCUGAAGCCUACAGGCUGAAGUACAUGUUCGCAGAUGCGCCCAACCACUACCGAAGAUAAUUCCAUCCACGGAUGGAGUGUGUAUACCUCCAUAGUGAUACGGAUGUGCUUUGGAACGUGCUGGAUGAGGAAUUCAAGUCCUCCUGCUUUGACAUAAGACAUUUACAGACAUAGACCCAAUUUCUAUCAUACAUGCACAGAAAAUGCACAUGUAGCCCCAUGGCUGAAGGAGCAGGGUGCCAAUCCCUUGAUUGCCCCUUAUUUGGGCAUUUCCUCCCCAGUCUCUGAUGGGCCUGGUAAAAUUUCCUUUGGACCCAGCAUUCAGUUUUCAAAACCAUGGGUUAGAACUGUCUACCUACUUGUCUGUUACAGAUUCUGAUAAAGCACUCAAAGAGCGGCUGGACAUUCCCAGGCUGUCAGCAGACUCACUUCCAGGAAGCACUGGAGGACCGAGCACUCUGAUUGCCAGGGACUGGGGGAAAAAAAAA